UUUUAUUAUCAUCCUGCAUAUAUAGUAUGUGCGAUCAGUCGGUUUAAAUUUUCAAAGUUGAUUCCGUUUUGAACUAGUAUUCAGUAAUGGGUACUGAAGAGUCGAAAGAUCCUUUCAAAGGGGUGGACUGGAAAGCCGUUGGCAGUGACAUACAAAAGGAUCCCGCUGCUAAACCAAUUGUAAAGAAGCGGUUGCCUAAAAAGAUUAGACAAAUACCAGAAUAUUACUUCCUUCCUCGAAGAUCUUUGACCUCGACUCUUGCUUUUUACGGGGCAUGCAUUGCCGGUGGAAUUGGUGCUGGAAUGCUGUUGGAGAUUUGGAUAAAUAAGAAAGUCAAAGAGGAUGGAGGAGGCGUCGUAUGGGAGUUCGACAAGUAGAUGAGAUAUGAAUUUUCUUGAUUGGAAACAAGUAGACAAGUAGAUACAACAAUAUUCCGUGAUCUUCUGAUGUAAGUUUCGCCGUUUUGAAUUGGCUGUGACUAUGCAUUGAUGAACACUGGUAGCCGGUCGAUCGACGAAAGCGAGGGUUCGGUGUUAUCGGAGGCAGUCUUCAUGGUGGUGGUAGCUGGUGCAGAGAGUCCUGCAGCAUAGCAAAACUCUUUUGCUCAGUCACCACACCGUUUUGCUUGAUUGAAAUUUACACAUUACUAAUUGUGGGAAUGAGAACCCAAGUUUCAUUAUUAGCCUUUCAUUUGCUUC